AUGGAAACAACAAGCAGCGACAGUAAGGUAGACGAACGGCUGAUAGAUGAGGAGAUGGAAGAGGACCGGUCAAUGUUAAGAUCCGACAGUGGAAGUGGAGAUGAUUCCUUGGAUGGCCUCUCGAACCGUGUCAACCGCUGCCCUUUGACCCCGUCUUUAUCUCCACGGAAACGGACCACGAGCCAGUCGAAGACGGAACCUCCGCUGCUGAGGACCAACAAGCGGACCAUCUACAUCGCUGGCAGACCGCCGUGGUACAACGUCACCGGGACCACCUUCAAAGAGGCCUUUGUCAUAGGUCUGUGUGGAGGAAGUGCUUCUGGUAAAACCACAGUAGCCAAUAAGAUCAUUGAAGCUCUGGACGUUCCCUGGGUGGUUCUGCUCUCGAUGGACUCCUUCUACAAGGUGUUAAACAAAGAGGAGCAGGAGUUGGCAGCUAAAAACGAGUACAACUUUGACCACCCUGAUGCCUUCGACUUCGAGCUGCUGGUCACCGUCCUCAGGAAGCUGAAGAAAGGGAAAAGCAUCAAAGUGCCGGUGUACGACUUCACCUCUCACAGCAGACGCAAAGAAUGGAAAACAGUGUAUGGGGCCAAUGUCGUCAUCUUUGAGGGAAUCCUGGCCUUCGCCAACAAGGAGCUUCUGAAGCUUCUGGACAUGAAGGUGUUUGUGGACACGGACUCUGACAUCCGCCUGAUACGGAGGCUGAAGAGGGACAUUUCACAGCGCGGGCGGGACAUUAGUGGCAUUAUCAAGCAAUACAAUAAGUUUGUAAAGCCAGCGUUCGAACAGUACAUCGAGCCCACAGUGCAGGUGGCUGACAUUGUGGUGCCCAGAGGGGGAGAGAACUUUGUUGCGCUGGAUUUGAUUGUUCAGCACGUUCACAGUCAGCUGGAGAAGCGUGAGAUCACUGUGAGAAUAGUUCUGGCCUCGGCUCAUCAGGGUCAACCGUUACCCAAAACCCUCAGCGUGAUGGAGAGCACACCGCAGGUCCGCGGCAUGCACACCAUCAUCAGGAACAAGGAGACUAACCGAGACGAGUUUAUCUUCUACUCCAAGAGAUUAAUGAGGCUCCUGAUCGAACAUGCUCUCUCCUUCCUCCCUCUCAAGCCUGUAUCCGUGGAGACGCCUCAGGGCGGCGUCUAUGAAGGCAAGAGGCUGAGCGGGAAACGAAUCACGGGUGUGUCGAUCCUGAGAGCGGGAGAGACCAUGGAGCAGGCUCUGAUGGCCGUGUGUAAAGACAUCAGACUGGGAAAGAUCCUGAUCCAGACCAACCACGACACCGGAGAACCAGAGCUUCACUACCUUCGGUUGCCCAAAGACAUCAGUGAGGACUACGUCAUCCUGAUGGACAGCACCGUGUCCACCGGAGCUGCUGCUCUCAUGGCUGUCAGAGUGCUGCUGGACCAUGACGUAGCGGAGGAUAAGAUCUUCCUGUUGUCGCUGCUCAUGGCAGAGAUGGGCGUGCACUCCGUGGCCUAUGCGUUCCCUAAAGUCCGCAUCAUCACAACAGCGGUGGACAAGGAGGUCAACGACCAGUUCCACAUCAUACCAGGCAUCGGUAAUUUUGGAGAUCGUUACUUUGGCACCGACGCUCCGUCAGACUGGUGCGAAAGUGAUGAAGGGAUGGACUUCUGAAGAGAGGAGCGAUCGGGGACACGGAGGGUCGUUACAAAAAGCACUUAUCUGGUAACCCUCCUUCAUCCCUCACUGCUCUGGAUCUGCCCGACGCCCGCCUGACCGCUGAGGUGAUGCUGUACGAACUGCUUCCUGUUCAGAGAGUUCAGUGUCAGGUCAGUGAGGAGCUUAGUGAAGAAUUCCAUUUGUGCCAUUCUGCAUUCAUGUUUACAGCUAAAGUUUCAAGGGGUCAAAGUUCAAAGUGUUACCUCUCUUGCAGGAUGCUGGAUAUUUAUUGGCUUUUAUCGCUAUCUGUUCACACACACACACACUGACCUCUGAUCAGCUUUCAGAGUUGUAAUUAAUUCCACUGCAGGCUCAGAA